CAUCAUACCUGCGCACCAAAUAAUAAAUAGAUGUGAAUCGGUGUUGGACCAGUCUGCACUUUUUCUUCUCCAGUUUCCUGCAGAAGCUCCCAGCUCCACGAGGAGGCGGAGUCUGAAGUGAUAAAAACGGGAACUUUUCUGCGCUCUGGACGCCACAGCAAAUAUGAUGAUGAUGUCUCUGAACAGCAAGCAGCCUUUCAGCAUGGCGCACUCCAGCCUGCCGGAGCCCAAGUACUCGCUGCAUUCCUCCUCGUCCUCCUCCACUCUCACCUCCAACGCGCCUCCGUCGUCCUGCUCCUCCUCGCGCCACAGCAGCAGCAGCGGCAGCAGCAGCUCGGAGGUGAUGCGCAGAGCCUGUCUCCCAACCCCACCGAGCAAUAUAUUCGGAGGCUUGGAUGAGAGUUUGUUGGCCCGGGCUGAAGCUCUCGCGGCGGUGGAUAUAGUCUCGCAGACCAAGAGCCACCACCACCCUCCUCACCACAGCCCCUUCAAGCCGGACGCCACCUACCACACCAUGAACACUCUCCCCUGCACGUCGUCCUCCUCCUCUGUGCCCAUCUCUCACCCGUCCGCGCUGGCCGGACACCACCACCACCACCACCAUCAUCACCAUCACCAGCCUCACCAGGCGCUGGAGGGGGACCUGCUGGAUCACAUCACCCCGGGACUGGCACUGGGCGCCAUGGCCGGGCCGGAUGGCUCGGUGGUUUCCACGCCUGCGCACCCUGCCCACAUGGCGGGCAUGAACCACAUGCACCAGGCGGCUAUCAACAUGGCCCACGCGCACGGGCUGCCGCCGCACAUGGGCAUGAGCGACGUGGACGCCGAUCCCAGGGACUUGGAGGCGUUCGCGGAGAGGUUUAAGCAGAGACGGAUCAAACUCGGGGUGACGCAGGCGGACGUUGGGUCAGCGCUGGCCAGCUUGAAGAUACCCGGGGUGGGCUCCCUGAGCCAGAGCACCAUCUGCCGGUUCGAGUCCCUCACGCUGUCGCACAACAACAUGAUCGCGCUGAAGCCCAUCCUGCAAGCGUGGCUGGAGGAAGCGGAGAAGUCGCACAGGGAGAAGCUGAACAAGCCGGAGCUGUUCAACGGCGCGGAGAAGAAGAGGAAGCGCACGUCCAUCGCGGCGCCGGAGAAGAGGUCGCUGGAGGCCUACUUCGCCAUCCAGCCGCGACCCUCGUCGGAAAAAAUCGCGGCGAUCGCGGAGAAGCUGGACCUGAAAAAAAACGUGGUGCGCGUCUGGUUUUGCAACCAGCGGCAGAAACAGAAACGGAUGAAGUACUCCGCGUGCGUGUAAAUUAAAUAUUAAACCACACACACACAUAUACAUACACACACGCACACAAGACUUGGAACUGGUGAAAUCUGAUUUGUACCAUAUUUCCUAUCACACAUAUUUUUUGUUUCUUCAAUCAUCGAUGACUUUGAACUUUGAAUAAAAUUCCCACGAACGAACAUUGAGUGAGGAACGUGGAGAACACUGCUCCGUGUUGCGCAGAGAGAUGAUGGACACGUGGAGUCCAGGAAGGGCAUCGCAAGUAAGACACUCACUCACCUUUUGAACGCACUCAGCCUCACAGGAGGAUUUUAUUUAUUUAUUUAUUUAUUUAUUUGGAUUUCAUUUGAUGCGUUACACCCUCUAUGAAGUAGAAAAGAAAAAAACAAACAAACAAAAAAAAAAACAAUGAACUCAGAGCACUUGUUUAUUCGUGUUCCCAUUUUUUGGGUACAAUUUCUCUUCCGAGUUCAUCUCAAAGCAGAGUGACAUUUAUUCAGGUCAGUGUGUGUGCGGGGGCGGGGGGUGUUAGGAAGACAGCACGAGCUGAGAGCUAAGAUUAGAUUACUGCCAAAUAACUAUCCUGUAAAUGAACAGUUUUCCUCCUUACACUUCAUUUUGUGUCUAAAUGUGUAAUAUUUCCAAGUAUUUUGUAACCACGUGUGCUCUUAGUCAGCGAUCUGUUGGAUUUUUUUUCUUUUAAAGAUUGGAUAUUUUUAAGGCCGAAAAUGUGACACUUUUUAAU